AACUGCCGGUAGGAUUGGGUCAAACUAUCAGUAAUAAACCGGUCGUGGUGUUGUUUGAGUCAAGCAUUUUCUUCCUUUUCUUCUUCAUCAUCUUCAUCUUUAUUAAUAACGUCAUAUUCUUUCUUAGAUUUUUUAAAUACGUCCAACGAAAUCGUGUGAGUAAUAUUAAAGCUUAUGUUUGAACAAACAAAAUACUGUAUGUAUCAGUGCGCCUUCUAUAAUAGAUUUGUUAAGUUGAUGAACUAAGAAACACAAACGAGAAUAAAAACAAGGACAAGAAGAAGAACGAGCUCAGUCUAAGAGGAAGGACUAGUAAGAAAAGAAGAAGAAAGAUAAGAGAAAGAAAAGAUGCCUAAAGUCACUUUGUACUCGACAAUCGCAAGUCCACCUUGUCGUGCAGUGCUCAUGGUAGGAGCAGCUGUUGGCGUUGAUUUUGAUAUUAAGGAAAUCAAUUUGCACAACGGAGAUCAUCGUAAAGAAGAUUUUAUUAAGAUAAAUCCUCAGCACACAAUUCCAACUAUACAGGAUAAUGACUUCAUAUUAUGGGAUAGUCAUGCUAUCGUUACUUAUUUGGUGGAUAAAUACGGCACGAACGAUUCACUUUAUCCAAAAUCCUUGCAGUUGAGAUCAACAGUAUGGCAAUGUCUAAUCUUUAAUGCUUCAAUUCUUUUCCCUUCUCUUAAAAGAAUUGUUAGACCUAUAAUUAUUGGGUCGGAAACAAAAGUUCGAAAUGAAUUGUUAGACGAUGCCAAGGAAGGUUUGGAAACUUUCAAUAAGCUUUUGGAAGGUAAACAGUGGUUGGUCGGAGAUUCUUAUACGAUUGCUGAUAUUUGCUGCGUCUGCACGGUUUCUUCAAUGAUCGUUCUCUUGCAAUUGAACGAAUAUCCAAACGUUCAAGCAUGGUUGAAACGUUGCGAGAAACAUUUACCGGGUUACGGAAAAUACAACGAACCAGGGAACAAGAUAAUUCAGGAAAUGUUCAAACAGAAAAUUACGAACGAAUGAUUCUCUUUAAAUGUACAGAGGAAAGGAAUUUUCUAUGAUCGAUUCAACAAAUUUUGUUAUUUACAUAUAUAUACAUAUAUAAAUUUAUUUUUAUUA